CGCAGAUCGCACUCCUCGUGCCCCUCGCCUCACCCCCACUCGCUUCCUGAGUGCGCAUCGCGUGCGCACCGCUUUGGAAACGCCGUGUUCCCGCGUGCAAGUGACAAUGUAACAACACUUGUGUAACUGGUGCUCAUCUGCCUCGCCUGAAAACCUCCCGUGGAUUUACGGAGCGCGCUUCACUCCUCUCAGCUCCUCUGCGCCCUCACCGCCAUGGCACAGCGUCCCGCGGAGCGCGCGGUGCGCACGGCCGUCUGGGCGCUCCUGCUGUGCGCGCAGGCCGCCCUGGGCUUCUCGGUGGCCGGGCACAAUGACAGCAGCACCUGCGAGGCCAACGGGAGCAUAUACUACGUCGGGGAGUGGUAUUUCCUGGACUCCGACCACUGCACCCAGUGCGAGUGCACCGCGGAGGGCUCCUCCUGCGCCCGCACGGCGUGCACCUCUCUGCCGGCGGCGUGCAUCCAUGUCAGCCACUACCCCACCGACUGCUGCCCCCGGUGCGAGAAGAUCGGCUGCGAGUACCGGGGGGUGGUGUAUGAGCUGGGCCAGAACUUCCAGCCAUCCGAGUGUGAGCAGUGCACCUGUGACAGUGACGGCAUCGCCCGCUGCCUGGUGGCCGACUGCGCUCCGCCGCCCUGCGUCAACCCCGUCUACCAGCCGGGGAAGUGCUGCCCCGAGUGCAGGGAUGGUCCGAACUGUUACGUCAACGCGUCGCGGGCUCAGGUGAUCCCCGCCGGAGAGCCCGUCUGGGUGGACUCCUGCACCAAGUGUCGCUGCCACGACGGGCAGGACGCCGGCUACUGGGAGGGGAACCGGCUGGCCACGUGUUCCCGCCUGAAGAACUGCAAGCCCGAGCAGCACUGAUCAGACGGAGGAAGCUGCUGUCUCAGUAUACCCAACAUCCCAGUGUGGAGGCUCACUCCGUCUGUACCGAGAGAGAAACAUGUACCCACGAUCUGCAGCUGCUCUUCCACAGGGACACUCCGACCUGAUUUUUAUAGCUACAUGAUGUGUUUUUAUAAAAUAACGUGACAUAAAAAGGUUUUGAAUACU